AUGAAUCGUUCACAAAUCGUCCGAGAGAAAAUCUUUCGCCUACGCAACAUAGUCGCACGAGUGCUUCUCUCUUCUUCUCUUCUUUUCUCUCUCUCUCUCUCUGUCUCUCUCGUUGUCUCAUUCUCGAAAGGACAAGGAGCAAAGUUUGACUGCAUCGAUUGGAUCGAGUACUUGAUUUGGACUUUUUUCCAGCGUACUCGGAGAAUGGAUAGCUCAUAUUCGUUUUACAAACCGUGGAUGCAGCCUGGAAUAGGAGUAGGUCGUGGUGGAGGAGGAGGCGGAGGUAGAGGAGGAGGAGGAGGAGGAGGAGGAGGAGGAGGAAGAGGAGGAACAACAGCAUCAGGAGUAGGAGGAGGAGGAGGCGCGGCCCACGUGGCCGGAACAGCCGACGAUGAGGCACCGAAAGAUCCAGGCGCUCGUAUCACCCAUCAAUCCUACACCGAAAAGGAUUAUGAAGGUCAUCGAGCACACACGGUCUACGUGGGCGUACAUUUACCCGGCGAGAGAAGACAUCGUCGGCAUCAUAAACACCAUCAUUCUCAACGGCAAUCGUAUGGAGACACUAAAGAGGAUAUCGACAACGAAAGACCUAGACAAUUGGUGAUGACGCGCAGGGCUCGUCUCGCGAGCAUUUGCGACCCCGACGGCGAGAUGAUAUUCACGCCGCCGGCGCAGAGAGUGCAAUUUAUUCUUGGCGAGGAAGUCGGGGACGAUGCUCACGAAUCGCAUCCUCUCUUUUCCGAGAUGGAAGAACUCGUCAAGGAUGGAGAUGAAAUGGAAUGGAAGGAAACCGCGAGAUGGAUCAAGUUCGAGGAAGACGUGGAAGAAGGUGGAAACAGAUGGAGCAAACCGCACGUAGCUACGUUAUCGUUACAUUCGCUCUUCGAACUGAGAAGUUUGCUUUUGAAUGGCACCGUGAUGCUCGACAUGGAGGCCAAUAGUCUCGAACAGAUAGCCGAUCUCGUUCUAGAUAAUAUGAUCAACAAAGGUGCACUGUCGAACGAGUCUCGAGAAAAGGUAAGAGAAGCUCUUCUAGUGAGACAUCGACAUCAGCACGAGAGACGUAAGGACAACAACAUGUCGAGAUUACCGAUCAUAAGAUCCUUGGCAGAGAUUGGACGUAAUCAUUCGUCAUCGAAGAAGUACGGCUGUACAUGUGGUAUGCAUGCCUUGUUGACGUCAGAUUUGCAGGAGCGUCGCGACGUCAGGGACGCCUAUGCGCCCUCCGUCGGCCGCAGCAGCAGUUGUCCAAACUCGAAUACGGCCCUACUUUCGAAAGAGGCGAAAGAUCUGAAAGGGCCAUACCUUCUGGUACCAGGUCAAGAGCCAGGUGCCAAUGGAAUCGAUCGAAGUCCGAGCAGCGUUUCGAUCAGCAGAAAUCACAGUUCUUCCGCUUUGGAAAACGGAGAUGCCAAUCAUAGGGGUAACACACAUUUCAUGAGAAAGAUACCGGCCGGUGCCGAAGCGAGCAACAUCCUCGUGGGCGAGGUCGAUUUUCUAGACAAAACCUUGUCCGCCUUCAUACGACUCAGUCAAGCAGGGAUAAUGGGCGAUCUCACGGAGGUACCGGUGCCAACGAGAUUUAUCUUCGUUCUUCUAGGACCUAUGGGUGGAAUUUCGGGUUUCCACGAAAUUGGACGUGCUAUGGCGACGCUAAUGUCCGACGAGGUCUUCCACGACGUCGCAUACAAGGCCAAAAAUAGGAACCACCUUCUGGCUGGUAUCGACGAAUUUCUAGACGCGGUGACCGUCUUGCCUCCGGGCGAGUGGGAUCCUACCAUCAGGAUAGAACCACCGGCUGCCAUACCGUCGCAAGACGUGAGGAAAAGGCCGAAGGAGGAAAAGCCGAAGGAAGAAGCCGACGAGGAGGCCGACGAACAGAAGCAGAGGGAGGAAUCCGGUUUAUCCAGAACGGGAAGACUUUUCGGAGGCUUGAUAAACGACGUGAAAAGAAAGGCGCCAUUUUACUUUUCCGAUUUCAAAGACGCGCUGGCUCUACAGUGCGUCGCAUCCUUCAUUUUCUUAUACUUUGCCUGUCUCUCGCCCAUCAUAACCUUCGGUGGCCUCUUGAGCGAGGCCACGGGAAAGAACAUGGCCGCGAUGGAAUCUUUGGUAUCCGGAUUCGUCUGCGGUCUCGGAUACGGAUUCUUCUCGGGACAACCGCUCACUAUUUUAGGAUCGACCGGGCCGGUCUUGGUCUUCGAGACGAUCGUCUAUGAAUUUUGCAAGCAAUCCGAUUGGAAUUACAUGUCUUUUCGCUUUUGGAUCGGUACGUGGACGACCGUCAUUCUGUUAACACUCGUAGCCCUUGACGCGAGCGCCUUCGUCUGCUACAUAACCCGAUUUACCGAAGAAAAUUUCGCCACUCUCAUCGCUUUCAUUUUUAUUUACAAGGCUGUGGAAAACGUCCUCUCGAUCGGCAAAAAGUAUCCUAUAAAUACUCACGCCAACGAUCCCUUGGCUUACGAAUGCUGGUGCAAACCACCGAACGAUAGCUCGUCCUACGGCUCCGAGAACGUAAAUUGGACGACGCUGGAUCGGACAACGUGUCAGAAUUACAACGGCACGCUUAUAGGAGAGGGUUGUAACGUACCGCAAUACGUACCCGAUGUGUUCCUCAUGUCAAUUAUCCUUUUCAUGGGCACCUUCUUGUUAUCCGUCGAGAUGAAGGACUUUAAGAAUGCUCUUUUCUUUCCAUCGAAGGUCAGACAAGUGUUGAGCGAUUUUGCCGUUAUUAUCGCGAUCUUCUCGAUGUCCUUGUUGGAUCAUUUCGUGGGUAUCCCAACGCCAAAGUUAGAAGUACCUGAAGAAUUCAAGCCGACCUUGGAAGGCCGGGGAUGGAUGAUUUGGCCUUUUCAGAAUAAUCCAUGGUGGAGCGCCAUCGUGGCUAUUCUACCCGCUCUCUUGGGCACUAUACUGAUCUUUAUGGAUCAGCAGAUAACGGCGGUGAUCGUUAACAGGAAGGAAAACAAGUUAAAGAAAGGAUGCGGCUAUCAUCUGGACCUGUUUAUCCUGGCAAUCCUGAUAGAGGUCUGUUCGGUGAUGGGCUUACCGUGGUUCGUGGCGGCUACCGUGCUUUCCAUAAAUCACGUGAAUUCGUUGAAAUUGGAGUCGGAGUGCGCAGCGCCGGGCGAGAAGCCACAGUUCUUAGGCGUUCGAGAGCAGAGAGUUACGCACAUACUGAUCUUUCUCAUGAUCGGUUGCUCCGUUCUUCUGACGCCGAUGCUCAGGCACAUACCGAUGCCAGUCCUAUUCGGUGUCUUCCUUUACAUGGGCGUGGCUUCUCUCAAAGGACUCCAGUUCUUCGAUAGAAUUCUCAUCAUGCUAAUGCCGGUCAAAUACCAACCCGACUACAUGUUCCUUCGACAGGUGCCGUUAAAACGCGUCCACGUAUUCACAGCGAUACAACUGACUUGUCUAGCUUGUCUAUGGAUCAUCAAGUCGUUUAGCACUACCUCCAUUCUAUUUCCAUUGAUGCUCGUAGUGAUGAUCGGCAUUCGCAAGUCCCUCGACUUGAUCUUCACUCAGCGAGAAUUGAAGAUACUCGACGACGUGAUGCCGGAACCGAGCAAGAAGCACGCCGACGAUCUUCGCCAAUUGGAGAGCGGCGAGGUUAGCAUCGUCAGACGAAUAUUAAGAAACUUAGCUUGUCGUAAAUAGCGAACGAGGAAUGACCACCAGCUCGACGCUUGUCCCGUGGUCACUAUAACUAUGUGCGACUACGAUCGAUCCAGCUUACGUCGUCAAAGAGAUUGAUCCUCUCAGGGGCCUAAAAGGGCCUCGGAUAAAUAUUUAAGUAAUUUUAGGCAAAACUCGAGAAAACUGCUCGGGAUAUAUUCUUCGUUUUUCUUUGAGCGUAGAACCACGACGGUAAGAAAUUAGAACGAAGCGAAUUUUUUAAUUAUUCCAACGCCUAUACCUCGAGAGUAAUAGUUAAACGUUUGGCAAAUUUUAUACGAGAGAUUUACAUGUUCGAAAGAGUGAAGUAAAAUUAAGACCUAUCGCUUGUAUUCCUUAAUCCUUUCUAUUUUUUGUUUCUUCCAAUCGACCGACAGACCGAUAUUAAAAGAAAUGCAGCGAUCGUGGUCGUAAAUAAUUUUUAAAUAUACCUAUACAAUAUACAUACGUAGUAGGUAUAGCGUUUGAGCAGCUUUGUAUUAGGUGUUCAUACGAUGGCCAACAACGAUGUUAUUGCUGUUAUUGUUGUAUUAGAGACUAAUUAGGCCAAUGAUAUAUUUAAUGUUGAUCGCUUUCGUGAGAAUCUCAUUUACGAAGAGAUUACACAUUCGAUACGUUAGAAAAAUGUCCAACGCUCUGAUCCCGAUUAAAUCUCGCGGAUUAUCGUGAAUCUUUGUGUACAUUUUCGCUUUUGUUACACACGUUGUAAUAAUUAUAAUGAUAUAUUAAGUAAUCGUUAGACAAUAAACGACAGUAUAAAGGAGCAUCGUUAUGUUCCUCGUCGGACGAUCGAUCGCAUACAGAAAACUACGACCAAUUUUUUCUCUUCUACUUUUCUUCGACUAAAAAUAACGUAUAUUAAGAAAGUAUAUAGGCAACUACCUAUAAGUUGACGGGUCUAAUAUCAUUUUCCAUUCGCCGUCCUAAGAUUUGCUAUCGAUGUGUCCUCGUACAUUGUUCUAAAUCGAAGGCAGUGAUAAAGACUUGUACACUACCUGCCCGACUUGAACUGUCAAAAUACAUUGUUCUUUGAAGUACACAAAUACAAACACCUCUCUGUGUAA